CUAUUAUUGUUGCAGAUCAUGAGGGAGACUUUGAUAUAUUUGUCACAUCUUGAUCACGAGGACACGGAAAAUCUGAUGCUAAAGAAGCUAAGCAAACAAUUAAGUGGCGAGGUUUGGAAUUGGAACAACUUAAACACAUUAUGUUGGGCAAUAGGGUCUAUAUCUGGUUCGAUGAUGGAAGAACAGGAUAACAGAUUUUUGGUUAUGGUCAUUCGUGACUUGCUGAAUUUAUGCGAAAUCACGAAAGGGAAGGAUAACAAAGCUGUCAUCGCAAGUAACAUUAUGUAUGUUGUUGGACAGUACCCGAGGUUUCUAAGAGCUCACUGGAAGUUCCUAAAAACUGUUGUGAACAGAUUGUUUGAGUUCAUGCAUGAGACACAUCCUGGUGUUCAGCAGCACUAAAGGCCUCUCUGUGGCUUAUAUCUAGCUUUAAAGUUGGCUUUAAAGUUGGGGUUAGAACAAGGGCUAUAGACACCAACAGGUAACUAGUACAAGAUC